AAACCCCGUAUAAAUUCAAACAAAAAUGGCCUUUCCUAGUUCCUUCUCGAGAAUACCACUUUUUCAAUCACUCCUCGUUGGCAUUACCAGACAACCAUCUUCUUGAAAGGGUUAGUCAACUCAACCAAAUUCACAUAAACUUUUAGGCAACAAAGAUCCGAAUAGGAGAUCCUUCAAGCAUUAACCUUCAAUGGCCUCUUCUUCGAUUGCAUCCAUUCAGAAAAGCUUUACAUAUGAUGUAUUUUUGAGUUUUAGAGGUGAAGACACACGCACCAAUUUCAUCGAUCAUCUUUAUGAAGCUCUUCAGCAGCAAGGCAUUUAUACUUACAAGGAUGAUGAGGCAAUUAGAAAAGGGAAAAGGAUCAGUGAUGAGCUCAUCAGUUCCAUUAAAGACUCAAAAUUCUAUAUCAUUGUUUUCUCCAAGAACUAUGCAUCUUCAGCUUGGUGCUUGGAUGAGCUUGUGAUGAUAAUGGGGUGUCACAAGACGACUGAGCAUACUGCAUACCCCAUCUUCUAUGAUGUGGAACCGACAGAGGUCCGGAAACAAAGCGGGGCAGUCGGAAAAGCUUUUGCUAAACAUGAAAAUGAUGGAGCUGCUGGGAAAUGGAAAGAGGUUCUAAAAGAAGCCGCAGAUCUGGCUGGAUGGGAGUUGAAGAACACUGCAAAUGGGCAUGAAGCCAAACUCAUCCAAAAAGUUAUUGAAGAAAUUUCACUACAGUUACGUUCCAUUGAUUUCAAUGCUGAUGAAAAACUAAUAGGCAUGGAGACCAGGGUAAAGGAUGUUGUAUCAUCUUUAGAAAUUGGUACCGAUGAUGUUCGUGUAAUCGGUAUCAAGGGGAUGGGAGGUGUUGGGAAGACAACUUUGGCUAGAGUGGUUUUUGAUCAAAUAUCCUUUCGGUUUGAAGCUAAAAGCUUUGUUGAGAAUGUCAGGGAAAAUUCAAAUACUUCUUUGUAUGGUUUGAAAUCAUUGCAAAAUCAAGUCCUUAAAGAUGUCUUAUUUGAUCAAGGCAAUGUGAAUAGUGUGCAUGAUGGGAAAAUCAUGAUGAAGAAGAUGCGUAAUAAAAAGACUCUUCUUGUUCUAGAUGAUGUGGACCAUAUAGACCAGCUUGAGGCGUUAGCUGGUGAUCUUAAUUGGUUCAAACCGGGAAGUAGAAUUAUCAUUACAACAAGAGAUGAGCAGGUGCUCGUGGCACACCGGGUGAAGUUGAUUCUUUAUGUCAAUUUGUUAUCAGAGGAGGAAGCGAUUUGCCUCUUCAGUAGGUAUGCAUUUGGGGGAGAGAUUCCAAUUCAAGGGUAUGAAGAUCUAUCGGAACAAGUUGUACGGUAUGCUGCUGGUCUUCCCUUAACGAUAAAAGUUUUGGGUUCAUUUCUUUGUGGUAAAAAUGAGAGUGAAUGGAUAGAUGCACUAGAAAGAUUGAAAACAAUUCCGUUAAAGGAAACUCUUCAGAAAUUGGAAUUAAGCUACAUCAGUCUAGAGGAAGAUUACAAGGAAAUAUUCCUAAAUGUUGCAUGCUUACUGAAACGGUGGUCGAAACCCGUGGUAAUUGAAGCGCUUGAAAGUUGUGGAUUUCAUGCCACAAAUGGUUUAAAAGUUCUUGAGCAAAAAUCUCUUAUAACUAUUACUAGAAAACCUUUUGAGUUUGUGCACAUGCAUGACCAUAUUGAAGAAAUGGGCAGAAAUAUUGUUCGUCGUUUGCACCCAGAUAAGCCUCAGAAACACAACCGAUUGUGGAUUGAUGAUGAAAUUAAAGAUAUAUUGGCUAAUGACUUGGGUACUAAAGCAACAAGAUACAUACAAUUCCAGUUAAUGGGAGGCAAUUUUGAAAUGGUUAUGAAGGGUCUUAGAAAGAUGAAGGAACUUAGAUUUCUUCACAUAUCUCGGAAUACAAGAUAUAAUUUUGCGGAAGAAAGGAAAUAUGCUAAUGUCAGCCAAUACUUUCCAAAUGCUUUACAAUAUCUUUGUUGUAAGGCGUAUCCUUUCAAGUCUUUACCCCCAACAUUUCAAGCAAAUAAUCUUGUUGCCCUUAAGAUGGCUCAAAGUGAAAUAGUACAACUUUGGGAAGGGGGAGAAAGAAAGGUUCUUAACAAGCUCAAGAGUCUUGACCUCGGUCAUUCAAAGUUGACGACCCUUGAUCUUGAGCUUAGUCCAAAUCUCGAGACGUUAUCUCUAAGUGGAUGUCGUGACUUGGUACAACUUCACAUGCUCAAUGGAUGUCGUCAGCUCAAAUCCAUCGACCUCAGUUAUUCAAAGUUGACGACACUUGAUCUUGGGUCUAGUCCAAAUCUCGAGGUGUUGUCUCUAAAUGGAUGUUAUGACUUGGUUCAACUUCACAUGCUUAAUGGAUGUCGAAAGCUCAAAGCCAUCGACCUCAGUGAGUCAAAGUUGAAGACAAUCGACCUUCGCCCAGCUGUGAACCUCGAGCUCUUACAUCUUAAAGGCUGCAAUGCUUUGGUAAAACUUUGCUUACCAAAUGGAUGUCUAAAGCUCAUAUCUGUUAACCUCAGUGGUUCUAAAUUGAAGACCAUUGACCUUCAUUCAUGUGUGAAUCUCAAGUUGUUAGAUCUUGAAGACUGCAAUGCUUUGGUAGAACUUCACAUGCCUGGUAGAUGUCUGAAUCUCAGAUCCCUGACACUCACUAAUUCACAGUUGAGGAACGUAGACAUUGGGUGGACUCCGAAUCUGGAGGAUUUAGAUCUUAACAAUUCUUAUGAUUUGGAAGACCUUCACAUGGCUGAUAAAUGUCUAAAGCUCACAUCCCUCAACAUUAGUCAUUCAAAGUUGAAAACCCUUGACCUUGGGUUGACUCCAAAUCUGAAGAAGUUAGAUCUAAAAGAAUGUAAGAAUCUGGUACAGCUUCAUGUUCCCAUUGGAUGUCUAGAAAAUCUUGUCUACUUGAACUUAAGAGGCUGUUUGGGGUUUACAUCUUUUAUGGUUGACAAAAGGAAUGUUGCUUCUAGUAGAAGGGAUGAAUCACUUGAGAUUGGUCCUUCAGCUGAGUCACAUCUGAUUGCCAAGUCCCUUGAAAGAUGUCCACUUCACCCGGACAAUACUUUGCGACAGUUUCAGUUUGAAUGCUUUUACAUUGAUGAUCCCUCAGUGACUAGAAAUCUUGAGAAGCUUAUUUCUGAAGGUCUGUGUGCUUGCACAAACCUUGAGACACUUUCAGAAAGCAUUUUUGGGUUACGAUGUUUAAGAAUGCUUAAACUCGAAGGCUAUCCGGAGGCUCCUAAGGACCUUGACCGGGUAGAAUGUCUAGAAGAGCUAAGUUUUUCUAGGACAAAUAUGAAACAUCUUCCGGAUAGCAUUUGUAUGUUGAAACAUCUGGAAAUUCUUCAACUUAAAGAUUGUUGGAGUCUUGAGAAGUUACCCGAGGAUCUUGGUCGAUUAGAAUAUUUAGAGACUCUAUAUUUGUCGAAUGCAAAGAUCGAACAUCUUCCAGAUAGCAUUUGUAUGUUGAAACAUCUGAGAACACUCACUCUAUUUCGUUGUUGUUCACUUAAGACAUUACCAAAGGAUCUUGGCAAAUUAGAACAUUUGGCAUGGCUAAAUCUGUCAUCCUUGAUCAUCAAACAUCUUCCGGAUACCAUUUGUAUGUUGAAAUAUCUGGAAUGUCUCAGACUUGAUGAUUGCAAAUUACUUGAGAAAUUACCGGAGGAUCUUGACCAAUUAGAACGUUUAGAGCAGCUAGACCUAGGGGAGUGUAAGAUUUUACAAGAUAUCCCAAUCGGCAUCUGUAAGAUGAAAUGUUUAAAAUGGUUAAAUGUAGCAGGUACAAGCAUAAGUCGUCUUCCGCAUGACAUUUGUUUUUUGAAAGGCAUGCGUAUUUCAGGAUCGAGAGACCUUCUUCAAUCCUGUGGUUUUACAUCCGAGAUACAAACCUUCGAACAUACUUGCUUCGUAGAUGUGUGAAUAUCACAAGCCAGGAGUCUGUUAGUGUUAGUAUCCCACAUCAUGACCCUGUAUGUCUCUAUUUAUGUUGGAGUCUACCCAAUAUUCGUAAGGGCUCUUUUGGAGCGAAAACAUGACUACACAAAUAUCAAUGUUUGUGGGGGAGUGUUAGUGUUCCACAUGAUUCGGUAUGUCUUUCUAUAUGUUGGAGUCUAUCAUCUCUCCACGAGGACUCUUUUUGAGGGUAUAUGAUUUUGAGAUGCUCCCAUGGCCUAGGAAAAUCCGAUUCACAAAGAACUAUUCUAAUAGAUCCAAAUACAAUGUCAGAAUUGAUCAAGAAUUAAGUAAAAAAAAUCAUAGAAACACAUGUGGAUUUCAUGCAAAUUGUACUUAACAAGAAGCAAUUGGAACACAUGCGAGGACCUUGAUGAAAAUGGUGGGAACUUUGAUAUGACUUUUUAAAUGGUCAUGUUAAUAAUAUGUUAAGGAACAGUUUUUGCGUAAUUUAAAACCAUAAACAAGUUUUUAUUUACACAAAUUUGUUGGAAAUUAGUAUAGAUUCAUUAAACAAAGGAUGUUUGACUUUUGAGUCAGACUAUUACUUUCAUCAUUUACUGAUUUUUUUUCAUGAAAUAAUAUAUGUGAGUGUCUACUGGUGUUAUACUAAGCUA